CGGUGCGCAGCUGCAAAGGAUCGCUUCCGGGGGCGGGUCAGCGGAAGUGAGGGCUGUUGAGGCUGGGCCGCCUGCUGUGGUAGGAGGGGUCUUGAGGUGGGUGAGUCCGGAGUCAGAGUCUGAGGAAGAGACGUCUGGUGUUCCUUCAGAUGGCCUGAUAUGAAGGAGUCACGCCUCCCACCUCCCCAAGCCCGCAGAGCUGCUCUGUGGCUGCCUUGUCCUUCAAGUGCAGGAGCCAGCUGAAAUGUCGGGAAUGGAAGCCAGUGUGACCAUCCCAAUCUGGCAAAACAAGCCGCAUGGGGCUGCUCGAAGUGUGGUGAGAAGAAUUGGGACCAACCUGCCCCUGAAACCAUGUCCCCGGGCGUCCUUUGAGACCCUGCCCAAUGUCUCUGACUUGUGUCUAAAGGAUGUGCCCCCAGUCCCAACUCUGGCUGACAUCGCCUGGAUUGCUGCAGAUGAAGAAGAGACUUAUGCCCGGGUCAGGAGCGAUACACGCCCCCUGCGGCACACCUGGAAGCCCAGCCCUCUGAUUGUCAUGCAGCGAAAUGCCUCAGUGCCCAAUCUGCGUGGGUCCGAGGAGAGGCUCCUGGUCCUGAAGAAGCCAGCCCUGCCAGCCCUGAGCCGCACCACAGAGCUGCAGGAUGAGCUGAGCCACCUGCGCAGCCAGAUUGCUAAGAUAGUGGCAGGCGAUGCAGCUUCGGCUUCAUUAACGCCAGAUUUCUUAUCUCCAGGAAGUUCAAAUGUCUCUUCUCCCUUACCUUGUUUUGGAUCCUCAUUCCACUCUACAACUUCCUUUGUCAUUAGUGACAUCACCGAGGAGACCGAGGUAGAGGUCCCUGAGCUUCCAUCAGUCCCCCUGCUUUGUUCUGCCAGCCCUGAAUGUUGCAAACCAGAACACAAAGCUACCUGCAGCUCAUCUGAAGAGGAUGACUGCGUGUCUCUGUCCAAGGCCAGCAGCUUUGCAGAUAUGAUGGGUAUCCUAAAGGACUUUCACCGGAUGAAGCAGAGCCAAGACCUGAACCGGAGUUUAUUGAAGGAGGAAGACCCUGCUGUCCUUAUCUCUGAGGUCCUGAGGAGGAAGUUUGCUCUGAAGGAAGAAGAUAUCAGUAGAAAAGGAAACUGAUAGCACUCAGCUCUGCAAACUCAGUCUCACGCUCCUGGAAUUCCUUCAAUAGCUGCCUUCCUCACUGCAGAUGUUUCUGCCUCUCAAUUACAAAUCUUCUGCAACAGUCUUGCCGAAAGCCAGAGCUCAGACUAAGAGAAGAGCCGCACUAUGUUUUCUAUACUUAAAACCUUAGCAGAAGCUAAGGCCUGUUUUGAGCUGAGACACGUUACAGGUAACUGUAGGUUGGAAUGUCCCAGGUUAAAAGGUGAGAUAGAAUUUUCUGGUUUUUCCUUGCCCCUGUGUGAAAAUAGGUCCUAAAUGAAAGACUUCACAGCAUUAGACCACAUAAUUGGUCUCACCGAGCACUCUGUGUCCAGCUGUCACUCUCAGCCGCUUCCUUGCAGCAGAGCAGGGCUGAGGGGGCUAUAAAUGUUUAUCUACAUGUUCACAGGGUAGGGAAAAUCUUACGCUGCUCCGUCAUGAACUGAUGCCAGUGCCCAGCAAUCACUUUCCCCCUUCCCUGUCCAACACUUACAUGUAGAGGUCAGGCCGCUGGAUCAGCUGAUACUUGGGCUGCUGCCAGGAGGCCUGGGCUGUUUUUUUCUUACAUAUAUUUUGUAAUACUGUACAACCAAAUCUACCCUCCAAGGCCCUGGGGCCUCAUUGGUUCCACUGAUUUAAAGCUUUCUCUCUCAUGGACUUUAAGCCCAGUAGAAAAGAGAAAUGGGGAGGGGGAAGAGUACCAUCCUUCCUCCAGGCCCUUGACUGCUCCUUUGUGUUGGGCCAAGGUUUGUACCUACCACACCAUGCAUGACUCAGAUGCCCUCGGGUCCCUUUCUCUACAGUAUGUAUCCUGUGUGUUCGGGCUGAAGCACUACCUGACAUUAAAGGAAGGAUUUAGACAGAUACUGCAUUUGCUGAGUUGUGAUCACCCAGUAUCCCCCACAGGUAUAGAAUUCCUAUUAAUUUUAAGGUAUAUGAACUUUUGUAAACAAGCUCCUGGCUACCCCUUUCCUUAUAUAUAUUCCUACCUUUAUAAGAGAAAACGUCCCUAGGGAGCUUCUUGUCACUUUCAGUAGAGAUUUUGUCCUAAGCUCUUAAAGUAGUUCCAUCUUAUAACUUGCAAGCUUGCCCCCUAGAGGCUUAUUUUUAAGCCUGUUACCACACCUGCAACAUGGGAAACUGCUAUCUGGUGGAUGUCUUGUGUAGAACACAAGUCAAAUUAGACUUGUGUUCAGAUCAGACCCAUGGCAAUGAUUGAUAGAGCAUAUACUAUUAAAAAGUUGCUUUUUUCCAAAAAUAAAAUUGGUAAUGUUUUAAUUACCAUCAGA